AUGGAAGAAUCAUCAGAAGAAGAAGAAGUUGACCAAAGCAAUAAUAUUGUUUUGGGGUUUGAUUCAAGUGAUAUUUUCUCUACAAAUUUGGUUUUUAAUUUAAGGGAAUCGCUUAUUGAAUGGACUAAAGAUAAAGGGAAGCAAGAUAGAAUCAUUAUUGUAAUUAAGAGAUCUUACACAGGAAAAAGUGGAAAGACAAGAAUUAAAUUUGCUUGUGAAAGGAGUGGUAGCUAUCGACAAAUUGUAAAGAAAAUCGAUGGGAAAAAAAAAAAAGAAAACUUGAUAGAAGAACAUCGACAAAAAAAAUGUGGUUGUCCAUUUUUAUUGAGUGCACACAAAUUAGUAACAUCUGAUGAUUGGAUACUUAAAGUUGUGUGUGGACUUCAUAACCACUUAAGUGCAAAACAUCUUGAAGGACAUUUGUUUGCAAGGAGAAUGACUAAAGAAGAGACAAAAAUAUUCGUUGAUACGUCAAAGUGUAAUAUCAUGCCAAGAGAAAUUCUAGUUGUGAUUAAAGAAAAAAAUACACAUAAUGUCUCAACAGUGAGGACAAUAUACAAUGCAAGACAGAAACACAGAGUUCGAGAAUAG